GGUUGGUUUUGAAAUAAGGAGUGUAAAGUGUAAAGUUUAAUGUAAGAGUAUUUUUGCAAUUCACACAAUGACGAGACUGAUUUCCCUUGGCAUACUAUUUGGUUUUGUAACACGCUGUUAUGGUACAAAGUGUUUUGAGUGCCAACAUGCACCAUACCCACGAGAUUGUUCGAAGCUAACAGUUUGCCAUUCUGAUGAGGUUUGUUUCACGGAACAAGUUGUAACACCAAGCAGAAAUGUAGCUUUCAAUUCCGGCUGUCUACCAAAAUCACAAUGUCUUUCCGUUUCGAUACCUCUCAUUGGUAAAAGGUCAGCGAACAUUUUGAAUACACACUCAACAGAUAUCAUAACAUGUAGAGAAUGCUGUGCCAGUGAUUUCUGCAACAUGAAGGGAUGCGGAACUCACGAAAUUCCCAUUGAGCAACGCGGUCCGUACUGUAACACGUGUGAUGUGCAAAACCCCAAAGAUUGUACCAAUGUUACUGUCUGUGGCAAAAAUGAACUGUGCAUGUUAUUCCAUCCCGUUGAAUUGGGUGGCCGUCCUGGCACUUUGUACAGAGGUCAAUGUGAAACACGGACGGUAAAUAUUACUUUCUAUAAAGUGUACAUUUGUUUCAUUAUUAGGUUCUGUCAAAACUCUCGAUUACCUAGACAAACAAAAAGAGAUUUAUAG